AUGACUGACGCAGGCGGAAACUCGUUUCUAGAUGCGCCUCCGGGCCCUGUGACUGACUUUGUUCGCAAGUCGGGUGGCCACAGUGUCAUUACGAAAAUUCUCAUUUGCAACAAUGGUAUCGCGGCCGUGAAAGAAAUCCGGUCGAUCCGCAAAUGGGCCUAUGAGACGUUUGGCGAUGACCGCGCGAUCCAAUUUACGGUAAUGGCCACGCCAGAAGAUCUGCGCGUGAACGCUGAAUACAUCCGCAUGGCAGACAAAUACAUCGAGGUACCGGGUGGCCCGAACGGAAACAACUAUGCGAACGUCGACCUGAUCGUCGACGUUGCGGAGCGUGCCGGAGUGCACGCUGUGUGGGCCGGCUGGGGUCAUGCCUCAGAGAACCCUCGCCUGCCCGAGGCGCUCGCGCGCCUCUCGCCCCGCAUUCUGUUUAUUGGCCCCCCUGGCUCGGCGAUGCGCUCGCUUGGCGACAAAAUUUCCUCGACAAUCGUCGCACAGCACGCCGAUGUGCCCUGUCUGCAGUGGUCGGGUACCGGCGUCACCGAGACGAUGAUUGGCGAGGAGGGCUAUCUCACCGUGUCCGACGAUGUAUACCAGCGCGCCUGCGUACACUCUGCCGAAGAGGGCCUGGACUGUGCUCUGAAAAUCGGAUUCCCUGUAAUGAUCAAAGCCAGUGAAGGCGGCGGUGGCAAGGGUAUCCGCAAGUGCACGGCCCCCGAACAGUUCUCGCAGCUAUACCACGCCGCAGUCGGUGAAGUGCCUGGCUCGCCGAUCUUUAUCAUGAAGCUCGCUGGCAAGGCACGUCACCUUGAGGUACAGCUCAUUGCGGACCAGUACGGCAACGCAAUUAGUCUGUUUGGCCGCGACUGCUCCGUGCAGCGCCGCCACCAAAAGAUUAUUGAAGAGGCGCCUGUCACGGUCGCCCCGCCGCAAGCCCGUCGCGAGAUGGAGCAGGCUGCAGUGCGUCUCGCAAAGCUGGUUGGCUACGUUUCGGCGGGCACCGUCGAGUGGCUCUAUGCGCCGGAGACGAACGAAUUUGCUUUCCUCGAGCUGAACCCGCGUCUGCAGGUCGAGCAUCCCACCACCGAGAUGGUGUCGAACGUGAACAUCCCUGCGACGCAGCUGCAGAUUGCCAUGGGUGUUCCUUUGAACCGCAUUGCCGAGAUCCGCACCUUGUACGGCCUUCCUGCCGAAGGUGCGGACACAAUCGAUUUUGACGGCACGCAGCCCGCCAAGCAUAACCCCGAGCAGAAGGAGCCUGCGCCGCACGGCCACGUUAUUGCGUGCCGUAUUACGGCAGAGAACCCCGACACGGGCUUCAAGCCGGGUGUCGGCUCGCUCUCGGAGCUCAACUUCCGCUCGAGCACCUCGACGUGGGGCUACUUUAGUGUGAGCACCAGCGGUGCGCUGCACGAGUACGCAGACUCGCAGUUCGGCCACGUCUUUGCGUACGGCAAGGACCGCGAGGAGGCGCGCAAGCACAUGGUAUUCUGCCUGAAAGAGAUCUCGAUCCGCGGCGAGUUCCGUACGACGAUCGAGUACCUGAUCAUGCUCCUCGAGAUGGAGGCCUUUGCCGAGAACCGCAUCACCACGGCUUGGCUCGACGAGCUGAUCCAGGAGCGGAUCACCGCAGAACGCCCGACGCGCGACCUCGCCGUGAUCUGCGGCGCUGCCGUCAAGGCGCACGUCCAAGCGCUUGAGUGCGAGGAAGAGUACAAGCGCAUUCUGCAUCGCGGCCAAGUUCCCCCGCGCAACACGAUCCGCAUCUCGUUCCCGGUGGAGUUCAUUUACGAGAACUACAAGUACCGCUUUACUGCGACGCGCACCUCGCCGGACGGCUGGGCGCUGCGCCUGAACGGCAGUGUGACGCGCGUCACACUACGCCCGCUCACCGAUGGCGGCCUGCUGAUUGGUCUUGCCGGCCAAUCUUAUCCCACGUACUGGCUGGAUGAGGUUGGCCAGACGCGCCUCACGAUCGAUGGGCGCACCUGCCUGAUCGAGGAGGAGAACGAUCCGACGCAGAUCUGCAGUCCUUCGCCGGGUAAGCUCGUGCGCCUGCUUGUCGACAGCGGCGAGCACGUCACGGCCGGCCAGACGAUUGCCGAGAUCGAGGUGAUGAAGAUGUACCUGCCGCUGGUAGCCCAGGAGAACGGUACGGUGACCUUUGUCAAGACGCCGGGUGUGUCGCUGAACCCCGGUGACCUGCUCGGUAUCCUUACUGUGGACGACCCCAGUAAAAUUCUGCAUGCCUCGCUGUGUGUCACGCCGCUGCCCGACUAUGGCCUACCGGGCAUCGUCGGCUCGAAGCCGCACCAGCGCUUCGAGGUCGCGCUCCAAGUCUUGCAUUCUGUCUUGGACGGUUACGACGAGGAGGACCGUGUGCAAUUUAGCCUUCACGAGCUCAUCGAGACGAUGCAGCAACCCGAGCUGCCCUACCUGCAGGUCCUGCAGGUCCUCUCGAGCCUCAACGGCCGCCUGCCCGACAACCUCGAGGAGGCGCUGCGCACGACGCUCGACGAGACUGACGUUGGCCGCGCCGUCUUCCCUGCGGUGCGCCUGCGUGCGCUGCUGGACGCGGCGGUCGCCAACAUAAAGGACGCCACCGCGCGCAUGACGCUCGAGACCUCCGUUGCGCCGCUCUACUCGCUCCUGGACGCUUAUGGCAAGGGCUCGCUACGCCACUUCCAGAUGACGACACUCGCGCGCCUGCUCGAGCGCUACUGGGACGUGGAGAGCCAGUUCCUGGGCGGCCCCGAGGCCGUGCUGCGCUUGCGUGCUGCGGCCGAGGGCGAUCUGAACCAGGUGGCCGCGCUGCAGAUUGCGCACCUGGGCCUGCCACGCCGCAACAGCCUGCUGCUUGCGCUGCUCGACAAGCACAUCAAGCACAGCGACAUGGUGAGUAAGACGGAGCAGUCGCAGCGCAUGGUAAGCGUCCUGCGCCAGCUUUCGUCGCUGAGCGGCCCCAAGACCGCCCCGGUGGCGCUCAAGUCGCGCGAGAUUCUGCUUGGCGCCGAGAUGCCGUCGCUGAGCGAGCGCCAGGAGCAGAUUGAGACGAUUCUGCGCUCGUCGGUGACCAGCGGCUCGUACGGCUCGAGCGAGUCGCGCGCGCCGUCGCUGAGCGUGCUGCGCGAGCUGAGCGACACGCCGUUCAACGUGUUUGACGUGUUGAACACCUUCUUUGCGUCGCCGCAGCGCUCGGUCGCGUAUGCGGCACUAGUGACGUAUGUCAUGCGUGCGUACCGCGCCUAUGACAUUGUCUCGUUCAACUUUGCCUCGGAGAACGUUGGCGGCGAGGAGCGUGCGCUGAUUACGUGGCACUUCCAGAUGUCGCAAGACGUGCUGCAGAACCGCGCCAAGGAAAAGGAGCGUCAGGCGUCGUCGACGGAUCUUGCGGAGCACAUGAACCGCCGCACGCGCCCCAAGCUGCGUCUUGGUGCCAUGACGAGCUGUGCGAACAUCAAGGACCUCUCCGAGGCGCUGCACGGUGCGAUGAAGUACUUUGGCAACAAGACCACCGAGCCGGUCAAUGUGCUCAACAUUGCGCUCACGAACGAGGAGCAGGUCACCGACCCCAAGCUCAUUGGGACGAUCACCUCGGUGAUUGCGCGCCAUUGCGACGAGCUCAACGCCGCCGGCCUGCGCCGCGUCACGGUGCUCCUGUGCCAAGCGGGCGUUUACCCUCUCUAUGUGACGCUUCGCCGGAUGGACACCGGCGAGUGGCGUGAGCAGCGCGCGAUCCAAAACGUGGAGCCUGCGCUGUCAUACCAGCUCGAGCUCGACCGCCUCACGCGCAACUUUGACGUGACGCCGGUGCCGAUGAGCUCCUCGACGGUGCACCUGUAUUAUGCGCGCGGCCUCACGAACCGCUCGGACGUGCGCCUCUUUGUGCGUGCGCUGAUCCGCCCCGGCCGUCCUCAUGCGGACGUGCCGCUGUACCUGCUCACGGAGAGCGACCGUGUGCUGAACGACAUCCUCAACAUGCUCGAGGUGUCGCUCGGCCGCGUCGAGUUCAGCAACGCGGACGCGUCGCACAUCUUCAUGUCCUUCCUGUACCCCAUGGAGAUUGAGCUGGACGACGUGUUGCGCACGCUCGGCGAGUUUGUCGAGCGCCACGGACCCCGCUUCACGCGUCUGCAUGUCGCCGAGGCAGAGAUCCGCAUCGUGCUCCAGACGGCCGAUGGCGCGCGCCCGGUGCGUGUGUUUGUGUCGACAGAGACGAGCUUCACGCUGCGCUACGAGGUGUACGACGAGGUGAUCGACUCGAACGGCGCUGCGGUGCUCAAGAGCCUUGCCAAGGAUCCCCACAGCGCCCCGCUCCACCGCAAGAGCGCGCACAUGGCGUACCAGAACCGCGCCGCGAUCCAGAUGCGCCGCGCGCGCGCCUAUGCGCUCGGCACGACGUUUGUGUACGACCUCGUGGAUGCGCUGCGCCAAGCGCUGCGCAAGCUCUAUACCACGCCCAACGCGCCGAGCGACCCGGUGCGCGUCGCAGAAGAGCUCACGCUGGACGAGCACGAAAAGCUCAUCACGAUUAAGCGCCCGGCCGCCUCGAACAAGAUCGGCAUGGUUGGCUGGCGCGUCGUGAUCCAGACGCCCGAGUACCCCGAGGGCCGUCCGCUGAUGGUCGUUGCUAACGACGUCACGCACCACGCCGGCUCUUUUGGCCCGGCCGAGGACGCGUUCUUUGCCUCGGUCGCCAAGGAGGCGCGCAUGACCGGCACGCCGCUCCUGUACGUCUCCUCGAACUCGGGUGCGCGUAUCGGUCUCGCGACCGAGCCGAUGGACCUGUUCAAGGCCAAGUUCACGCAGGACGACCCCGAAAAGGGCUUCGAGUACCUGUAUCUGGACGAUGCCGCUCUCGAGCAGAUCCAGACCAAGAACCCCGGCGCGGUAAAGACGCGUGCGACGCAGGCCGCCGACGGCACGACGCACCAUGUGCUGACCGACAUUAUCGGCAGCACGCGCGACGGCCUCGGUGUCGAGUGUCUCUCUGGCUCGGGUCUGAUUGCCGGCGAGAUGAGCCGUGCGCGCCAUGCCAUCUUUACCACGACGAUCGUUACGGGCCGCAGUGUGGGUAUUGGCGCGUACCUCGCGCGUCUCGGUGGCCGUGUGAUCCAGGUCGAGACCUCGCCCAUGAUCCUGACUGGUUUCCAGGCGCUGAACAAGCUCCUAGGCCGCGAAGUCUACACGAGCAACCUGCAGCUCGGUGGGCCGCAGAUCAUGUACAGCAACGGUGUCUCGCACCUCAAGGUCCCGUCAGACCUCGACGCAAUGAUCGCGUACCUGCGCUGGCUCGCGUUUGUUCCGGCGCGUGUUGGCCUUGCUGCGCCGAUCGCGCCGCCGACCGACGAGCCCGAGCGCCCCGUGGCGUUUGUGCCGACCCCGACGCCGUACGACCCCCGCCACCUGAUCGCGGGUGUGGAGCGAGAGGACGGCACGUUUGUCUCUGGUCUCUUUGACCGCGGCUCCUUCCAGGAGACGCUCGCUGGCUGGGCGACGAGUGUCGUGGUGGGCCGUGCGCGCCUCGGCGGCAUUCCGUUUGGUGUGAUUGCGGUGGAGACGCGCACGCUCGAGCGUGUGAUGCCCGCGGACCCCGCGAACCCCAACUCGAACGAGCAGCGCGUCUUUGAGGCAGGCCAGGUCUGGUACCCCAACUCUGCGUACAAGACGGCGCAGGCGAUCGUCGACUUCCAGCGCGAAGGUCUGCCACUGAUCAUGCUUGCCAACUGGCGCGGAUUCAGUGGCGGUCAGCAAGACAUGUACGACGAGGUCCUCAAGCAGGGCAGCAAGAUCGUCGACGGUCUCUCGACCUACACGCAGCCUGUCUUUGUGCACAUCCCUCCUGCCGGCGAGCUGCGUGGUGGCUCGUGGGUCGUGAUCGACUCUGCGGUGAAUGCCAACGGCAUGAUUGAGAUGAGCGCGGACAGCGACUCGGCGCGCGGCGGUGUCCUCGAGGCUGCCGGUCUCGUCGAGAUCAAGUACCGUGCAGACAAGCAGCGUGCCACGAUGGAGCGCCUCGACGAGCAAUAUGCAACGCUCGCCGCUGCCGCCCGCGCUGCCCCUGCAGAGGAGCGCGGCACGGCGCUUGCCAAGCUCACCGAACGUGAGCGCCAACUCGCACCCUUCUUUAACGCAAUUGCCACCGAGUACGCAGACGCCCACGACCGCGCGGGACGCAUGCUGGCCACCGGCGUCCUCCGCUGUGCUAUUCCGUGGGCAAACACCCGCACCUACUUUUACUGGCGUGCGCGCCGCCGCCUCGCCGAGGUGCGCGCGCAGCGUGCGCUUCUUGCCGCCGACAGCGGCCUGUCGUUUGCCGAUGCACAGGCGACGUACACCGAGACCGACAACGACCAGGACGUCGUGCGUCAGCUCGAAGAGCACGCUUCUGCGCUCGACGCAGCUGUCGACGAGGCUAAGCUCGCCAGCCUCCAGGCGCAGAUUGCUGCAUUGGACGAGAACCUGCGUACGCGGCUGCUGGCAGGAAGCUCGUAG